AUGGACAUCCCAGCGGACGUCGGGUUCGACUACGAGCCAGAACUACCGAUCGCGAUCUCACAAGUCGGAGGGAGACAUCUGCUGUUCGACAUCAAGGUCGCCACCUUUCUCCGGAGAGAGCAUCGAAUAUGCGGCACGCAGACCGGAACUCUACCCCUCGCGCCGUCGCAGAAUCUCUUCCUGGGCCUGCCGAUAGAGAUCAUGCCCGAGGAAGCUCAACUGCUCGUCGACAAGGGCGUGGCCGUCGUGGUCGACGACGCUCGAGCACACGACCAGGCCGUCCUGCGGUGUUCUUCCUCCGACGGUGCCAGACGCGCCGACUACCUCGCGAGCCUCGACAAGCAGGCGCGGCGCUUCGAGAAGCUCAGUAUGCAGGAAAAGGAGCAGAGUCGGCAGCGGGCGUUGGAGAGGCGAGCCAAAGCGAGCACCCGUCAACCCUCCUCGGCUGAGUCUACGACCCCGCGUCGCCGCGGCGAAGCCGCUUCCAGCUUGUUAGAUCUCGCCGACGCAGACGAAGAAGAACAACAACAAGAAGAAGAAGAAGCGGCAGCCUCGACAGCACCGACCCUCGGGGAGAACUCUGCGCGGCACGAGCCCGUUUCAUCGCAGACGCCACCCGACUCCACGUCUGAGCAGCCCGUGAGUUCUGCAAGCAACUACCACAUUACACCCGCUACGUCUCAGCCCCUGCUGCCUGAUGUCGCGGAUGCGCCCAGAUCUACGGUCCAGGAUCUGCCCGCUUCGUAUCCCAUGUACAAACAUUUGCACGAAAGGGGCUAUUUCAUGACCCCGGGUCUCAGAUUCGGGUGCCAGUACAACGUCUACCCGGGCGACCAGCUGCGGUUCCAUUCUCACUUUCUGGCAUCAGCCUUUGAAUGGGACGAGCCGAUUGACCCCAUGGACGUCGUCGGCGGAGGCCGACUCGGCACCGGUGUUAAAAAAGGCUUUCUCCUCGGUGGCGCAGAUCCCGCAGGUCAGGUCAGGACAUUCAGUGUCGAAUGGGCUGCCAUGUGA